ACCUCAUCGUCCUCCCCUUUCCGAUCGGGAUCCCCUGCCGAUCUAAACCCGCCGAAACCCUAAUCCCCCCACCGCCGCCAUGGGCAACCCCAUCCUGACCCUCCCCGCGCCGGAGGGCGACGGCGGCGACGCCGACCAGCAGCAGCAGGCGCCGCCUCCGUCUCCCCCUCCCGGCGCGAAGGCGGCCCCCCCGGCGACGGUAGCAACCCACACGCGCACCAUCGGCAUCAUCCACCCUCCGCCCGAUAUCCGCGUUAUCAUCGAGAAGACGGCCACCUUCGUCGCCAAGAACGGGCCCGAGUUCGAGCGCCGCAUCAUCUCCCACAACCAGGGCAACGCCAAGUUCAACUUCCUCCAGCCCUCCGACCCCUACCACGCCUACUACCAGCACCGCGUCGCCGAGAUCGCCGCCGCGCCGCCUGGCGCCGACGCCCCCGCGGGCACCGAGCCUGACGCGGAUCCCGCCGACGCUCCAGCAGCGGCCCCGGUCGACGGCGCCGCUGCACCCGCAGAUGGCGCCUCGGCGGACGCGAAGGCAGACCACUCCGCGCCCUUCCGCGUGGCGCCGCCGCCCAAGGUGCUGGUGCCGCCCAAGGCGGAGCUGUACACGGUGCGGCUGCCCGAGGGUAUCACAGGGGAGGAGCUGGACAUAAUCAAGCUGACCGCGCAGUUUGUGGCGCGGAACGGGAAGAACUUCUUGACGAGCCUGGCGCAGCGCGAGAGCACCAACAUGCAGUUCCACUUCAUCCGGCCUACUCACAGCAUGUUCCCAUUCUUCACGGCGCUCACGGACGCAUACUCCAGGGUGCUUAGGCCGGAAGAAGGGGUGCCUGGGCUGCUAAAGGAGCUGAGAGAGGGUUCAAAGGACCUUACUACAGUGCUGGAGAGAUGCCUGAACCGGUUGGAGUGGGAUCGGUCGCAGGAGCAGGCGAAGCAGCAGGCAGAGGAUGAGAUCGAGCAGGAACGGAUGCAGAUGUCAAUGAUUGACUGGCAUGAUUUUGUUGUUGUUGAGACAAUUGAAUUUGCAGAUGAUGAGUACGAGGGACUUCCUGUGCCACCUACAUUAGAGGAGUUGAAGCGCCGGAAGAGGAUGCAGAACUUGGGAGAGGAGGAAGCGAUGGAAUUGGCUGAACCUGCUAAGGAAGUUGAGAUGGAUAUGGAUGAAGAGGAGAUGCAACUUGUUGAGGAAGGAAUGCGGGCAGCAAGACUUGAGGAGAAUGAUGGAGGAGCACAAGUUAAGGUGGCUGGUGAUGAUGAGGCACCUAUGAGGAUUGUCAAGAACUACAAGAGGCCUGAAGAGAGGAUCCCUGCGGAGAGAGACCCAACCAAGUUUGUUGUCUCACCGAUAACUGGGGAGCUCAUUCCCAUCAGCGAGAUGGAGGAGCACAUGCGCAUCUCACUCAUUGAUCCUAAGUACAAGGAGCAGAAAGAGAGGAUGUUGGCCAAGAUUAAGGAGACCACCCUUGCACCGGAUGAUGAGAUUUCACGGAACAUUGUUGGUCUUGCUCGCACUCGUCCAGAUAUUUUUGGGACCACCGAGGAAGAGGUCUCUAAUGCUGUCAAGGCAGAAAUUGAGAAGAAAAAGGAUGAGCAGCCGAAGCAGGUUAUUUGGGAUGGUCAUUCUGGUAGCAUUGGUCGGACUGCUACUCAUGCACUGUCACAGCCUCAGGGUGGCGAGGAACAGUUUGAUGCUUCAAAUGUUGAUGGGAGACCUGUUCCUGGUCCAGCUCCACUUGUCCGACCUGGCAUGCCAUUGCCCCGACCUCCUCAGCCACUUCCUCUUGCUAAUGUUCCUCGCUUUAUCGCUCCACCAGCACCGUAUCCCCCUCCCCCAGGUUCUCAUAUUCCUGGAGUUCCGCAGAUGAUGCCUCACAUGCAUCCACCUCCACAACAGAUACCAGGGCAGCCACCGAUGAUGAGGAUGCCAGGCCAAAUGGUUCAUAUGCCCACCAGUAUUCCUCCGCCUCCUGGUCAGGUUCAGUUCAUGCCUGGUCCACCACGCUCAUUUCCUAUGCACCCACCACCGCACAUGCCACCCAUGGUCAAUCCCAUUGGUGUCCCUCAGCCUCCUGCACCGCCUCUUCCUCCGCAGCCUCCUGCUGAAGAGCAGCCACCUCCACCUGAUGAACCAGAACCUAAGAGGCAGAGAACAGAUGAUGCUUCUCUUAUCCCAGCAGAGCAGUUCCUUGCUCAGCAUCCGGGCCCUGCUAGCAUCUCAGUAUCUGUACCCAACCUUGAUGAAGGGAACUUGCGAGGCCAAGUUUUGCAAAUUCCUGUCCAAUCACUGUCAGACACGGUAGGCAGUCUGAAGGAGCAGAUUGCUGGAGAGCUGCAGCUCCCUGCAAAUAAGCAGAAGCUGAGUGUGAGGACUAGUUUCCUCAAAGACAAUCUUACUCUUGCUUACUACAAUGUGGGUCCUGGAGUUGUGAUCAAUCUCACACUGAGGGAGCGUGGUGGGAGAAAGAAAUGAGUCUUUUCGACCUCAGUGUAGUGGUAGGUUAAUGCUUACAACUAUACUUCAACAGCUAUCAUGGAAAGCCUUUGUGCUGGAUCUUGAUGUCUUAUGCUUCGUAUUAGUUUGUUUUAUAAGUUAAGCACAAUAUCUUUUGCACUAUGUCAACGUUGUAUUUUCCUCGUAUCUUGCUGCAGUUAAGUGUUGUGUGGUGCCAUGCUUUGCCAUAUCACCUAGCAUGUUAAUUGAGAUUGCUACUGGAUACCUA